AUGACGAUGAACUCGCUCGGCACGAUCAGAUCAGCUCUUUCGGACUCACUCGUCUCCAACUCAGCACUUCGAGAAGCAUUUGACAUUGCCAGCUUCGUCGCCGAUCGUUCGAAAAGGUUCAAGGAUAUUGCUCUUGACGAUACUCAAAAACACAAACUUCGUCGAAUCCUGAAUCAUUUCCUUGUGCCAACAAUUAAGCCAAAGUUUGUGGACGACGACGGGCUCUUUCUUCACGAUGACGAUCGAGUCCCCGAUGACUGGCUUGCCAAAGCCGAAGACGAUCUGAGAACGCCGCCGCGCAUGAUAGACGUUGACACUAUGAAUAUGGUCCCCACAGACAACUUUGGCUUGCAGGAUCAAUACUGUAUUGUUUCUCAUAGCUGGAAAGGCUCCGAGUUAACCUACGGUUACUUUGGUGAGGCCAAAUCAUUUGAGCCUAAGAGGGACUUGAAAUCCGCCGAACCGCAGCCGGCCUCAAACGAUGUGAACAACAUCGUCAGCAAAUGCAAGUCUGAAAUUGCAAAGCUUGAGGCAAAGAUCACAGGCGCGCUCCCGCAUGUCAGUGCCAGGUCCGAUGGUCAACGGCCCCAAGAUAUCACGACUCUUCUUGAGUGGUAUGCCGAUGCCAACGAAGCCGAGUUGUCUCUCGGGAGCUUCCAGAAGAAAUUCCAUGAUGCAAGGGCAACGGUUGCAAGUGCGGAAAGAGAAGCAGAUUUUUACAACGACCUUUUGAAGAGUAUCAAUGUUCUGGCUGACGACACAUCUUCUACCGACACGUUGAGUGCCCCUGCAAAUGGCCCAGAAAUGAAACAAGUAGAGCUCGCUAUCCAGUCGCUGAAAAAGGAAGCACAAGUGAGCUCCUUGCAGGCAGAAGAAAAGUACCUGAGAGCCGUGGAAAGGAGACAAGAGGUGGAAAGUACGAUCGUGUUUUUCGACAAAAACCGUGAGCUGUGCUAUGGCAUCGAGGCGUUACUGGUAGCGCUGCAACACAUCCGCUCUUCUCGCAAAAUUUUGGAGUCAAUCGCUCAGACUAAAAAUUUAUUCGAUGCGUACUUCCCUAGGGGUGGGAAACGCUAUGUCUGGCUUGAUACAUGUUGUAUCAAUAAGGCAGAUAGCUUCGAGCUGAGCGAGUCUCUGUCCUUGAUGGGAGAUUGGUAUGCCAAUGCCGACCUAUGCUUGGUGCAUUUAGACACGGCGCGGGACGAAAGAUCCUGGAUUGAAGAAUGGAAGUACUGGAAAGACACGUCCCAUUUCCCAGUGCCACUGAACAUGGCCAGUUUUGAUCAGAUCAGUGCGGUCGGCGAAGCUGAGAAAGCCAAGAUCCAUGUCGAGUGGGCAACUCGUGGAUGGACAUUGCAAGAACUGGUCUUAAGCAAGGUGACCUACUAUGUCAAUUCUCACUGGCAAAACUUACCUCGACCUGUCGAAGUUCUGGGUCCACUAUACUUCUUGUGCGCUUUCAUUCCAAGCUAUUUGAGUCACCCCUAUGUCCAAAAGCACAAAUUUGUGUCUUCCAAGCGCAUGGAAGAUUUGAUGGAGCUUCUUUCCCCCAAUUUAAUCAACCCAGAUAUGUCUCAAGAACAGAAGCUCACUGUCAUGCUUCAAGCUUUUGGCUUCGUGGCACCCAGAGGCCUGAAGGAGACUUUGGCCGAAGCUCAGAUUGGAAAAGCAGUUCUCACUGCUUCCAGACAGCUCCCGCGUGUGCUGGGUGAUAUCAUUUCGAAGAAAAGUAUACCUCAUCCAGACUUUUUGUCAGAUCUCAGAGAUGAUGCGCACAUCACAGAAAAAGUGACACUCUUCAAUCACCUGUUGUCUGCAUUGGCAGACCUCACCGGCGAUCAAGUCCUCAGCGAUCGGCAGUUUAUUGCGGAGUUUAGCAAUGUCAAGAACAUGAAAAACUGGAUAAGCGGCACUCUUGGAGACUCCUCCGCCAGCACCUCUCUUGUUGCAGCGUCGCAGCGCGUGACGACCGUUUCCACCGAUCAAGCAUACUCUUUGAUGGGAAUUCUGGGAGUGAGAUUCCCAGCCUUUCCCGCAGAAGGCCUUCCAAAGGCCUUAGCCCGUCUGCUGGACGAAGUAGUUAUUGCAUAUAAUGAUGUUUCUGUCUUCAACUGGACUGGAAAGCAUCGCGGCAGCCCUUUACACGGGAGAUCUUUAUAUCCCACAAACAUCGAUUCCUUCGUCGAUCCCACCAACAAUCCACUUGUCAAAUCAAAGGCGCGGACUAGCAAGCAUAUUCUGGAUCUGUUCAGAGCUCAGCGUGUGCGACAGAGUGAGACUGCAAGGGAUGUGAAUGUGCUACUGGCCGAGAUGCUCGCUGUGAGUAAGAACCUACCAGAGCAAUGCUCGGUGUUUGCCAAAUUGGGUGAACUGGCUGCACAGAUCAAGAAAACCAACUUUGAGAAGUUGGGCACCCAAAUGGCGAAGCUGAGGGAGAUUGUUGCACAUCUGAGAGACUUUUCGCCUGCGGACGCCGACGAAGAAAGCAAAAACAAGUCCCUUGUUGGUAGACUCAACAACACUAAGGAGCGGGUAGAUUCAUUCUCCAGAUCUUUAAAAUUUGAAGCGCCUAAGAUUGAAGUCCCCAAGUUUGAGGUUGCUAAAUUGUCCUUUGGAAGGAAAAAGGGCAAUGCACAGCCGACAACUGAACCUCAACUGAGCGACGCUGCACCUUCCGCAAGUCCUACUCCUAUCACAAGCAAAGAAGAGACAACAGCGACCGUUGGAGAUCAAUAUGACAUACUGAAUAAGGAUAUACAAGACCUGAUCGAUGUCAUCAGCCAAUCCAAGAGUCCUAAGGUAGAAUUGGACAAGGGGGCCACCCUGGAUACGCAGCCUGGCACCAUCGACAACACCUUCUCUCAAGGUUUCAUCACUACCAUUGAACAAGAAGGUAGAAGAAUGGUCUGUCCGAACCCAAUCACUGUCAGCAGCGGCGGUAUUCGCGGUAUCUUUGACAUACAGCGAAUCAUUGUUACCAUGGUUGAGCCCGAAGUCCUCCGUUCCCGAGUGCGGUCCGCAGCCAGAGGACAGAAGAUCGAUGGUUGGUGCACUAUCAGCACUGGUCUUUCCGUCACUCUGGUGGCCUUUUGCGCCGAGCGAGAUGUUCUUGAACAGCAGCUCGAUCUGGCAGAGGUAAUCAAGACCUACAUAGAGCCCAAAGAGCCUAACCCCACUCAUGUGGAGACAGAUGCACCCAAAGGAGAUGAAGGAAUCCUCAGUGGGAUCAGAAUUGAGAAGACCCCCGAGCAAUUCAAAGUUGCCCGCAUGAUCAACUUCGUGCAAAAGUCAAACCUGGAAGGAAUCGCCGGGGAAUGGGUGCUGGCCCGCUUUUCAGGCGUCGAUGGAGCCAGAUGGUUCCUCUGCCAACUGGUCCUAGGUGCUGGCAAUGACUUCUACGGGAAGCGUAUUGCCACAGACGCUUUCAGCUUCGAGGAUGCUGCGCCUGAGCAGGGAUUGACCGAGUACUGGCACCAAUUUACCAUGGAGAAGAAGGCACGGACUUGCGAUACCCUCGACAUGUAUCUCAAUCGCCAAAAAAUGUGGCAAGCAGCCGGGAAACAACUCGACCAACUGCAGAAAAUGGAAGCCCCCUCCCAGGCCGAUGGCAAAGAAGGGGUCCAAGGCGAUUUUGAGGCUGCAUGGGAGAUCGUUCAGAGCGUCUCCUUGGAGAAGAUUGGCAACUUGGGCAAAAUGUCAGGCUUGGGUAUCGGUGGCUUGGGUGCUGAGAUUUGGGCAUAUCACUUGGAAGGUCGUAUUGAGAAGAGUGCCCUGAAACGUGUGCCAGUGUUCUUGCGUACACCUGUUCGGGACCUGGAUCAGAAUCGGAAAUUACUACCUGCCAUGUUCCACGCCGGGCGCGAGAUGCAUCAGUUCUAA